GCAGCGUUAUGGACGAUAUCGCGUCCCUGGGCACAAACCGGUCAAUCGUAACAUUUAUUUCUCUUCGAUACUACCUACAGAAGCAUCACGAAUUUCUCCAACAAAUAUAUAGAGUAGAACUCGUAAUCUCUUCUAAAACCAAGCUUCUUGUCCCGCGUAGCUCUUCUUGGCAGCCCUAGAUAAGGAAGGUAAUGCAAUGCCCAAUGCUACGCCUUGGCGAAACUGAGGCCAUAUCGCGUGGGGCGUGUCAUACCAUGGUGCUGGAAACACUCGAGCCGCUACAUACACUACUGUUCUUAUCGUUAGCGGACCACGAUCCAGAGUUGGCAACGCGGGUACGGAUACGAUCUUGGGUUGCAUAGUUCAGGUACAUAGCCAGGAAUAGAAAUUGUUAUCCGUCCCUCUUAUAUAUAGGUGCCUAUGCUUCCCUUUACCGUUCCGUACUGCUGGUGGUACGCCUACUUGCUUGCGUCACGCUCAUACCUAUCGUUCGCUCAGGUAUAGUGUCAUUUAUUGCUCCCUUGAUAAUACUUACACUCGUUAAGGAGCCAUGAAGGUCCCAAGCUCUGGCGUAGUCUUCACGGCAGUGAACCUGCUCGCCUCCACCAGUAGCGCAGAACCCAUCAGAAGGGCGAAACGUGGGCUCCCGUUGGUCCAGGAUAAAGCUCUGGUGGACUCUAUUCUCAUAGACGACCUGCUGGGUUGCGCGCAGGACUUGGAAGAUAUAGCCUAUUCAACUUCGAGACGAAACCGAGUCCACGGCACUGAAGGUCAUCUAAACAGCGUCAACUACUUCGUCGAGCAGCUCAAUUCGUUGGGCGACUAUUACAACGUCGAGCUACAGGAGUUCACAACAGAGGUGACUCUCCAGUCCAGUGCGUCCCUGUCAGUCAAUGGCGAGACGCUCGAAGCUGGGGAAUUCUCAUUCGGCAAUAACGGGACUUGGACGGAUACGCCAUUGGUUUCCGUAGCCAAUCUUGGCUGCAAUGCCGAAGACCAUCCAGACUCCUUAAACGGAGUCGUCGCUCUAAUCGCUCGAGGCGACUGUACCUUUGUUCAAAAGAUCACCCUCGCCGGGGAGAAAGGUGCUAUCGGUGCUAUCAUUUACAACAACGCGGACGUUGGUGUCGCGGGCGGGACACUUGGUGGCCUGAAUGAUCUAAUCCCAGUCGGUGGUAUCUCGCGAGCAGACGGUCUACGCCUCGUCGAACAGCUCGAGAGCAACGUCGAAUUGACUUCCUCAGGCGAAUUCUGGCAGUACAUUGCCAACACGACGAGCUACAACGUAGUCGCUAGCUCCAAGCACGGCGACGCCGAUAACGUGUUGUUCCUAGGCGCGCACAGCGACUCUGUUGAGGCUGGCCCGGGCAUCAACGACAACGGCAGCGGCUCAUGCGGGCUGCUAACUGUCGCUAAGCAGCUCGCACGCUGGCGCACCAAUAACCAGGUGCGUUUCGCAUGGUGGACGGCUGAGGAGGAGGGUCUGCUGGGGUCGGAGCACUAUGUCAAUGUCACCGCGGCCUCGGAGCUCGACAAGGUUCGGCUAUACCUUAACUUCGAUAUGAUUGCCUCGCCAAACUACGUGCUCGGCAUCUACGAUGGCGAUGGCAGCUCCUUCAACCUGUCUGGUCCUGCUGGGUCUGCCCAGGCCGAGAAGCUAUUUGAGGACUGGUACAAGUCGGAAGGCCUGCCCUUCGUAGGAUCUGAAUUCAACGGACGGAGCGACUACGGGCCUUUCCUAGACAAGGGUGUGCCGUGCGGAGGCUUGGAUACCGGUGCGGAUGGUAUUAAGACCGACGAGGAGGUCGUGAUGUUCGGCGGUACGGCGGGUAUCUUGUACGACCCGAAUUACCACACGGCCAAAGAUAACGUGACAAACCUCAGCCUCGAAGCCUUCCAGGCGACGGGCCGGGGCAUUGCCCAUGCGGUCGCGACGUAUGGCACUAGCUGGGAAGGCUUCCCGACACGCAAUGUCACGUCGUUGACCAGGAGGUCGUCAGGCUACCCGAGGAAGUUUGCGAAGUCCAAGGGUGGAAAACGAGCCUAUUAAGAGGUUAUAACAGGACUAUAGAGGGGCCAUCUUUUGGUAGAAGCUAUUCCAACUUUAAAUAUAAUGGCUUACCUAUUGACAAUUAUCAAGGACACUAUUCUAGGACAAUGACCCUAACUGAUAUUUGACUAUAAAAAAACUCAUGAAAAGUAUACGGUGAAACUUAAUAUCAAACGUGCUGGAACAAUAUGCCAUCAAUAUAGGUGUUUG